AUGCCGUCCGCCGUGUCUCAGUUGUACCAAUACACCCACGUCCCCGAGACGGAGGAGAAGCUUGAUUGGGCUGACCUUCCCACCAUCGACUUUGCCAAGUACGGCACGCCAGAGGGCAACAAGGAGCUCGCCCAGACCCUGAUUGAGGCUAUCCGCACCAAGGGGUUCUUCUACGUCAUCAACUAUGGUAUCUCACAAGAGGCCGUCGACACGCAAUUCUCCCUCGGCCAGCAGUUCUACGAGCUUCCCCUGGAGGAGAAGCUGAAGUAUGAGCCGGACCUGGACUCUGGGGACUACAACGGAUAUCGUCCUGCGGGCAGGCGGUUCCUGAGUGGCGGCAUCAAGGACAAGACGGAGGUCUGGAACAUGGCGACCAGGGCUGGGCACAUCACACAACCCCUUCCCAAACUGCUGGAAGACCGCAAGGAAGAGAUCGAAGGAUUCGCCAAGGACCUGCACGACAAGGUGCUGGACCCCCUCAACCACCUCAUCGCCCUCGCCCUCGAGCUGCCCGAGGACUUCUUCACCCGUGUGCACAAGUGGGAGACGCACGACGAGUCUCACCUGCGGUACAUGAAGUACUCCAAGUUCACCCCCGAGGAGAUCGAGAAGCUGGACGACGGCCUGUGGUCGCGCGGGCACACGGACCUGGGCACCAUCACGCUCCUCUUCCGCCAGCCGGUGGCCGCGCUGCAGAUCCGAGACCACGAGACUGGGGACUGGAAAUGGGCUAAGCCUUUGGACGGCAGUCUGACCGUGAACACCUGCGACGCCCUCAGCUUCUUGACCGGAGGCUACGUCAAGUCGACCGUCCACAGGGUCUCCGUGCCACCCAAGGACCAGCGCCACGUUGACCGACUUGGUUUGUUGUAUUUCGCCCGCCCACAAAACGACCUCGAGCUCAAGACCAUCGACUCGCCGGUGCUGAAGCGCGAGGGAUUCACGCAGAACGAGUUCGAGGCCGGCGGCCACCGCGUGCCGACGAUGGGCGAGUUCACCACGCUCAAGCAGACGUGGCAGCAGAAGAAGGGCGUCAGCUACCAGUCGUCCGAGGGGCAGGAGAUCCUCCCGGGCUUCAAGGGGCAGUACUUUCAGUAA